AUGGAUCAGAACCAAAAACAACUGAUCAUCAUGCUCUCCAGUAUCUUUAUUCUUUCCACUUUCCUCUUCGCCUCUUCUGAAGCCGGAAGGUACCGGAGACAGGGACUCUCAGGCCUCGGAGGACUCGGAGAACUCAACGAUCUGAUGCCGUGCAACGCUUUUACGAGGUGCAGCGGCAAGGGAUUGUGCCUCGGAUCGGCGAAGCAAUCCACGUGCAUGUGCUUCCUUGGAUGGAGUGGAGACUCUUGCGAUUCCGUUGCCAGUGAGUUAACCUUCGAGGAUGGAUUCUGUCCAGUUCAAACGUUAAUUCAGAUCUGAUGGAUCCGUUCAACCUCUUCUCGUCGAACAAGAACAACCAGUUGUUUCCGAGCCUCUUUCCCACAUCCAGCUCCCUCAACCUUCUGAACAAUCCGUUCGGAUUCGACGACGACGCAUUGGAAAUGUGCACUGCCAGCGACUGCAGUGGGAACGGAGUGUGCGUCGGAUCGAAGAAAGCGCCGCUCUGCCUGUGCAACCUCGGAAAGACCGGCUUCAAGUGCGAAAGCGAGAUAUCAGGGCUCCGUGAGUAUUUCUUUCAUUUUCACUCCCAAUCGUUCCUUUUCCAGUCAACCUCGAUCCGUCGGCUCCGCUGACGUUCUGCUCGGCCAGUGACUGCAACAACAAGGGACUGUGUCUCGGCACGAAGAACAGCUUCUCGUGUGCCUGUCAGAUCGGAUACACGGGCUCUCGCUGCGAGAAGACGCCAGUUUCCCUUUGCGACGCCCGCGACUGCAGCUCGAACGGCCUCUGCAUCGGAUCCAAGGACUCUUUCACUUGCGCAUGUUACCUCGGAUACUCUGGAGAAAGAUGCGAAAAAAGUGAGCGCUUUACAAACUUCUCUUUUUUAAAACUCUUCCUUUCAGUCACCGGGACAAUUUGCGAGGCUUCUGACUGCAAUUCCAACGGAAUCUGCAUCGGAACCAAGAAGUUGAAGUCGUGCAUCUGCGCUCCCGGAUACUACGGAUCCAGAUGCGAAUCUCGAUUCAGUAAGCUGUCCUAAACACCCUAAACACCCUAAACAGAACGUUCAGCUCUUCUCCCUGGUACCGAAGGACUCUUCUGUGAGACGAAAGACUGUAACGGCAACGGAAUCUGCAUUGGAAACAAGUUGCUCCCCACCUGCAUCUGUGCUCCAGGAUUCACUGGACUUCGCUGCGAACUCGAGCCUCUCUGCACCGGAGCUCUGCAGUGCUCCGGCAACGGAUUGUGCGUCGGCUCUCUCAAGUCGUACAGUUGCACGUGUAAUCUUGGAUGGACGGGGCCUACUUGCGCUCAGAGCACACUUCUCGGAUAG